UGAAAUGUUCCCCCCUGACAGAAGAUCUAUUGGAAAUGAUGUACUAAACCCCUCGGACCUGCAAAAAGUGAUAUGGCUAAGACCAGGGAAGUUGGUUCCCAAUCCGCAUUUUGUUGUUGAUGGCAUCUCAAGGUUUGAUUUUGGUCAAGGCGCAGUUGGUAAGAAAAUUGAUUUAUUCUUUCGCUGCCACUGACAAUGAUGGAUGUCCAAUCGUGAGGCUAUUUUUAUCCAAUGUCAAUUUAAAUGAGUUUAUCACUCAUACACAUGCAAACAAUUUAAACUGGGAGAGUGUUAGUCCUUCUCGCUUUAAAUGGAUUGGACAUCUAGAAGUGCUGUCAAUGGCAAUCAAUUAGCACCUAAAGUCAAGCUCUUUUAAUGAGUUUAUCACAGAUAGACAUCCAAUCCAUUUAAACUGAGAGGAAGGCAGCAAAUGAACGUUUGUUCAUUCCCUGGUAACAGUCCCACUUCAAAUGGAAUGGACGUCUCAUGUCGUCAAUGACUGCUAAUGAGUUAAUUCAUUCCAGGUUUCCAGUUUAUAUAAAUACUGUAGCUUCCCACACAGCCAGCGCUUUUGCUUGUGAUAAUCAUCAGGAACUUGGCACAUCUUCAUAACAACUCACUAAAAUGUUUUCUUUUAGGAAACUGUUGGUUCCUUGCAUCACUGGGUUCACUGACAUUCCAGAGAGUUAUUUUUGAGCGUGUUGUUCCUCUGGAGCAAAACUUUGCUCAGGACUACUGUGGACUGUUUCACUUUCGGGUAAAUACAUAGACAAGUGACAUUUCUAUUCAGAUGAAAAUGCAAUUUUCCCUAUAAUUUGUAUUUUCGUAUAAUGCUGUCAUCGCAAUUACUGCAUGUGUUUCAGAAAAUUGGCUUUUUAAUUUACGUUUUAUCUCGCACUCCAUUUAGUUAUUUAACUACAGCUUCCAAGGAUGAUACAGGUUGCCACGCAACAACAUAUCCUGAUGCCACAGUGCAAAGUCUUAAUCAAAAAAUUCUGGAGGUUUGGCAGAUGGGUAGAUGUUGUCAUUGAUGACAAGCUCCCAACAAUCAACGGCAGACUCAUUUUUGUGAGAUCCAAAGAUCCAACAGAGUUUUGGCCUGCUCUGUUGGAGAAAGCUUAUGCAAAAGUUUGUGGUUCCUAUUCAGAUAUGAGUUCUGGAACACCCAGUGAGGCAUUGGUGGACUUCACGGGAGGUGUUCACAUUUGUAUCAACCUGUCAGAUCCACCCACAGAACUUUGGGAGCUGAUGUGCAGAGCUGGAGAAUCCAAAUCAUUGAUGGGAUGUGGUACUCCUCAAGGGGAGACAUCAGCCAACACUGUUUUGCCAAAUGGAUUGGUCCAAGGCCACGCUUACACCAUCACAGGCGUCAGACAGAUGAUGAGUCGCGGGCAAGCAGUUUGUCUGGUGCGCUUGUUCAAUCCCUGGGGCAGGGGGGAAUGGAAUGGAGACUGGAGUGAUCAAUCACCUUUGUGGGAAACUGUGAGCUCACAAGAACGGGCUAUGUGCCUCUCUGUGGUUGACAAUGGCGAGUUUUGGAUGAGCCUGGAAGAUUUUUGUAGAUUCUUCGAUGAUCUUGACAUCUGCUGUACGUGUCCUGACAUUCUUGAUAGAGAAACUUCCUACCAUUGGAAGACAUCCGUAUAUGAGGGCAGAUGGCUUGCUGGGAAAACAGCUGGAGGCUGCAUGAAUAACCUUGGGGACAGCUUCUGGACUAAUCCACAGUAUCGAGUCAAAAUCGACCAACUAAAUGAGGAAUGUAAUUCCAAACUUAUUGACAAAAACAUGUUUGUGUCUCUGAUGCAAAAGCCAGACAAAAGAAACAGAGCCCUAGUCAAAAAUCUUCACAUUGGAUUAUCAGUAUUUCAGGUGACAGAUGAAUUCAAGACGCAAAAAGGGAAGUUUCCAGCAUCUUUCUUCAAUAAAAACAAACCUGUUGUGCAAACAAAAAACUACACAAACGCUCGUGAAGUGAUGGAGUUCGCCAUGUUGGAGCCCGGGGAAUACCUCAUUGUACCAUCGACUUUCAAACCCAACGAGACCGCCUCUUUCCUCCUGACCAUCCUCUCCAAGGAGGAGGCACAUAUCCAUGAGACUUCUGGUGGUCAUAGCCAUGGACAUAAAGAAGUUAAAGAGACCAGAGAAGCUGAUGAGGAGAAGGGAAUCUUGUUCCGGCAAAUAUUUGAGAAGGUUGAUGACGUGGAUGCAAAUCUGCUUCAGGAGCUACUAAAUGAUAAAGUCUUGAAAGGAGACUUGAAAACUGGAGGAUUUAGCAUUGAUGCAUGCCGCAGCAUGGUUGUAAUGAUGAGCACAAACGUCAACAGCAAACUGAACACUGGGGAGCUUUAUAGUUUGUGGAAGAAGGUUGUCAAGUACAAGGAUAUUUUCCUGUAUACUGAUGUGUCAACAAACGGAGCACUCUCGCAGAGCGAGCUUAGAAAUGCCAUUUUUGCUUUAGGAAUAAGGGUCAGUGAUAACAUGUUAAAUAUGUUAACUGUGCGCUAUGGGACUUCAUCUGGACAUGUCACACUGGAGAACUUCAUCAGUCUGGCUCUCCGCCUUGUCUCUAUGAAAAAAAUAUUUGACCGUUUUUCUGAUGGAAUGAAUCUGACGCUUCCUGAAUCAGAGUGGAUGCAAAUCUCAAUGUGUACCUGAAGAUGAUGAUGUUGGAAGAAAACCAAGGUGCAUUGUGAUUGUUAUCAAACAAAGAACAGGGGAAGUAUUAAUUUACACAAAAGCAUAUGAAAAAAAAUUCAGGUUUGCUUUCCUCAAUUUACAACACGAAGUAAAAGAAUCUAGCUUUUAAAAUGCUACAGUUAAUCAUGAUGAGUAAACCUCGCUAGACUCAUUGGCUACUUUGACAGUGAUGCGGUCUAAUUCAUUUUGACUGGGAUAGACCAGCGGCGAGUAAACGCUACGACAUAUCCCAGUCAACAUGAAUUGGAUGUCAUGGCGUCAAUAUCACAAUACAUGGUGAAUACUCUACUGGCAGUCAAUGAGUCAAUAGGUUGUAGCAAUUUCCUUUACUUGAAAGAUAUUGAAUUACUGAGCUAUGGAUUGAUUGUAUUGUAGACUUUUCAAACAAAUACAGUUGUGGUCAAAAGUUUACAUACACUUG